AUGGAGUGGUGGUUAAAUUCUUUUUUGGAUAUUCUUCCAUUACCAAUUCUUAUUGGAAUGUUCAUAUGGACUUUUUCAAUGUGUAUUUUUUCUCUUUUUUUACUUUUUAUUUUAAUUUUAUUGCAUAAACGUUCUUCACCAUUAGCUGAACUAAUUUCAGUAAAAGAAUUUUCAAAUAUUGAAACAAAUCGAAAAAGUCGAUUUAGUUCUGAUAGUUUAUCAUUAAUGUCAUUUGAAACAACAAAAAAUGAUGUUGAACAAACAAUAAAUUCAUUUUAUUUAAAAAAUUGUUAUUAUUUUAAAGAAAAUGAUAAAAUUAAUUCAUUACCAUCAAUUAAAUUAUGUCCAAUUAUAUGUGAAAAUAGACAAAUAAAUACUUUACCACAAUUAUCAACACGUCGAUCAAUAAUACGAGAUUUAACUUCAGUUUCAAAUUCAUUUAAUGACAAUAAAAUUCAUCAAUCAGUUGAUUCACUUUUUUCAAAAGAUUCACUUAUUGAAUAA